AUGGCGGCGGCCGUGCUGCUGCUGCUGCUGCUGGCGGCGGCAGGGCCCGGGCCCGGGCGGGCGGACGCGGGCCGGGAGCGGCGGGACGCGCUGCGGGAGGAGCUGCUGCUGAGCCCGCUGCCCACCGGCGAUGUGGCCGCCACCUUCCAGUUCCGCACGCGCUGGGACGCGGACCUGCAGCGGGGCGCAGUCUCUCACUACAGGCUCUUCCCGAAGGCGCUGGGGCGGCUGGUGGCAGCGCUGGGCGUGCGGGAGCUGCACCUCGCGCUCACCCAGGGCUUCUGGCGCACCCGCUACUGGGGGCAGCCGCCCCUCCAGGCACCCGCUGGCGCCGAGCUCUGGGUCUGGUUCCAGCCCACGGUCACCGAUGUUGACAAAGCCUGGAAAGAACUGAGUAACAUCCUUUCGGGAAUAUUCUGUGCUUCUCUCAACUUCAUUGACUCGACCAACACAGUGAUUCCAACAGCAUCCUUCAAACCCCUGGGUUUAGUCAAUGGGACAGAUCACCAUCUCCUGCGUUACGCUGUCCUGCCCAGGGAAGUUGUCUGCACAGAGAACCUCACCCCUUGGAAGAAGCUGCUGCCUUGUGGCUCAAAGGCUGGGCUGGCUGUGCUGCUGAAGGCUGAGCGCCUGUUCCACAGCAGUUACCACUCCCAGGCAGUGCACAUCCGCCCCAUCUGCAGGGAUGCCUCCUGCCUGGCUAUGUCCUGGGAGCUCAGACAGACUCUCACUGUGGUCUUUGACUUCUUUUCCAGUGGCCAAGGAAAGAAAGACUGGUCCCUCUUUAAGAUGUUCUCUCGCACGCUGACUGACACGUGUCCUCUGGCAUCGCAGAGCAAAGUCUACGUUGACAUUUCCCCCAAGAACAAGGAAAAGGAGCUGCUGGAAGUGUCCCCCCCUCCAACAUCAGUACACGAAGCUAUUGUCCAGGGAGACAGGAGAACCUACGCUGUCUAUGACCUGCUGAGCCCCUCCCUCUUCAACACAUCUCGCAGCCUCAAUGUGCAGCUGAAGUGGAAGCGGCCCCAAGACAGCUCGGAAAUGCCCAUUCCCACGCUCCAUGCUCAGCGUUACGUGGGCGGGUACGGGCUGCAGACCGGGGAGAUCUGCACCCUCAUCUACAACACCCACCCCUACCGAGCCUUCCCCGUGAUCCUGCUGGAGACUGUGCCCUGGUACCUGCGCCUCUACGUGCACACCCUCACCAUCAUCACCAAAGGGAAGGAGAACAAGCCCAGUUACAUCCACUACCAGCCAGCCCAGGACCGGAGCCGGCCUCACCUCUUGGAAAUGCUGAUCCAGCUGCCAGCCAACUCCGUCACCAAGAUCACAAUCCAGUUUGAGAGGGCCUUGCUGAAGUGGACAGAGUACCCACCUGACCCCAAUCAUGGCUUUUAUGUUGGCUCAUCUGUUCUCAGUGCCCUGGUGCCCAGUGUCACUGCAAUGAAGGACAUGGAUGUGGAGCAGAGCCCUCUCUUCACCUCACUGUUUCCUUCCUCUGACGGCUCCAGCUAUUUUGUGCGCCUGUACACGGAGCCACUGCUGGUGAACCUGCCAACCCCAGACUUCAGCAUGCCCUACAACGUCAUCUGCCUCACCUGCACCGUGGUGGCCGUGUGCUACGGCUCCUUCUACAACCUGCUGACCAGAACGUUCCACGUGGAGGAGCCCAGCCGGGGCGGGCUGGCCAAGCGGCUGGCCAACGUCAUCCGAAAAUUCAGGGGGGUGCCCCCACUCUGAGAGGGGCCAGGGCAGCCAGCACUGCCUGCGGGGCUCUGUGGGAGACAGACAGCAGAGCACUGCUGCCUCUUGUCUUGAUGGAAGCAGCUUGUUAUGUUUUGCUGCCCGGAAUUCUCUUUGGGAUCCAGUAAGCCAAGAGAUCACUUCCGUUGCUAAGAUGGGAAAUGGCUCUAAGCCCAUUGACUACUGAACUGCACUGCUGUGGGACUGGGAAAAGUAAAAGACUUCUGUUUGGGAGAGGUGUAACUUACAUGCUGGGAAUGGUGCUGGAAGUAAACUGGAGUGUUUUGUA